AUGGGGAAGGAGAAGCAGCACCUGAACAUCGUGGUCAUCGGCCACGUCGACUCCGGCAAGUCGACGACCACGGGCCACCUGAUCUAUAAGCUGGGCGGCAUCGACAAGCGUGUCAUCGAGAAGUUCGAGAAGGAGGCGGCGGAGAUGAACAAGCGGUCCUUCAAAUACGCUUGGGUGCUGGACAAGCUCAAGGCCGAGAGGGAGCGCGGCAUCACGAUCGACAUCGCCCUCUGGAAGUUCGAGACCCAGAAGUACUACUGCACGGUCAUCGACGCCCCCGGGCACCGCGACUUCAUCAAGAACAUGAUCACCGGUACCAGCCAGGCCGAUGUCGCCGUGCUGGUCAUCGACUCCACGCCCGGUGGCUUCGAGGCGGGCAUCUCAAAGGACGGCCAGACGCGCGAACAUGCUCUGCUGGCGUACACGCUGGGCGUGAAGCAGCUGAUCUGUGCCUGCAACAAGAUGGACGCCACGGAGCCCAAGUACUCCGAGCAGCGGUACAAUGAGAUCAAGAAGGAGGUCAGCACGUACAUCAAGAGGGUGGGCUACAACCCGGAGAAGGUGCCCUUCGUUCCCAUCUCUGGCUGGAAUGGUGACAACAUGAUCGAAAGGGGUGACAACAUCCCCUGGUACAAGGGUCCCACCCUGCUGGAGGCCCUCGACUCCAUGAACCCACCUAAGCGGCCCUCAGACAAGCCCCUCCGCCUGCCCCUGCAGGACGUGUACAAGAUCGGUGGCAUCGGGACUGUACCUGUCGGACGUGUGGAGACUGGGGUCAUCAAGCCCGGUAUGGUCGUCACCUUCGCACCUAGUGGCCUCACCACUGAGGUCAAGUCCGUGGAGAUGCACCACGAGGCCCUGCCCCAGGCCGUGCCUGGAGACAACGUGGGCUUCAACGUGAAGAACGUGUCGGUCAAGGAGCUCAAGCGUGGCUAUGUGGCCUCUGACUCCAAGACGGACCCCGCCAAGGGCACGGAGGAGUUCACUGCGCAGGUCAUCAUCAUGAACCACCCCGGCCAGAUCUCCAACGGCUACACGCCUGUGCUCGACUGCCACACGGCCCACAUCGCUUGCAAGUUCAGGGAGAUCACCACCAAGAUCGACCGCCGCUCGGGCAAGGAGCUGGAGAAGAACCCCAACCACAUCAAGAAUGGCGACGCGGCCUUCGUGGCCAUGGUCCCCUCCAAGCCCAUGUGCGUGGAGAAGUUCACCGAGUACGCGCCCCUUGGGCGGUUCGCCGUGCGCGACAUGCGCCAGACUGUGGCCGUGGGCAUCAUCAAGGAGGUCAUCAAGAAGGAGGGUGGCGGAAAGGUCACCAAGGCAGCGCAGAAGAAGAAAUGA